GUUGCGUCGCGCCGAUCACUCAUGAUAGUGCGUUACCCAUAGUCCCUUGCGCGUACAACGUGAAGUAAAGAACAAUGGCGGCCAUGAUGGUUUUAGCUUCUCAAAUCUGUACCUGACGGUUUUUCACGUAUCGACAUUGCCACAUGCGUUCAAUCAGACCAACCUCGGGCGUGGAUUGGAACAGACGAGGCACGUGAUUGGAAAGGAAUUUCUGCUCAUUUCGCUUCAUUGUUCAGUCAGCAGACGACGCCAUGAUGGAGCUCGUGUGUGAUCCAAGAUGAGCAAGAUUGGAAUAUCCGGUCUUACAAAAUUUGAUAACCCUGUGUUUGGGUCAGGCACCACCACCACCACCAACACCAACACCUCCGCUACCUCUAACUCCAACAACACAAGUAACAACACCAGUGCACUGACAACAACGUCUUUACCACAAACAGACUACCUGAGUGAUGCCAGCUACAAGCACACGUUGCCUCAGUUGAGUAACGACAAACUGGAUAACGACGAAGACAGUGGGUCCGGGUCAGAUUCGGGGUCAAGUGGGUCAAGUUCUGGUUCAGAUUCUGAUUCAGGUGGAUCUAAGUCAGAGAAGUCAAACAAGAGUUCAUCUGAGUCCAGUAAUCAAUCCGACAAUGAUCAAGAUUCUCAUAGCGAGGUAAACAAAAGUGACAGUGAUUCUAAAUCAAGUAGCCAAUCAGAGAGUGAAGAUGAAUCUCCAGUGAAACACGAGCUAGAGGACCAUAAUGACCUUGACGAUCAUGACGAUCAUGACCAUGGCGAACAUGACGAAGACUCGAAGGAGUCACUUGGGGACACUGAUUCCCAAGAUGCCAGUUCAGGGAAGAGCAGGUCUAAGAAGGAACGCUUAAAGCAGGAGUUGUGGAAUGAGGAGCCAGAUCUGUAUGGAAUUCGUAGGUCUGCAAGGUCCAGGAAAGAGCCUGUACGCUACAAUGCUGCCAACGCUAGUGACAGUGAUGAUGACCACCCUCGGUCCAAGAAGAGAGGGAAGAGGAAAGGGUCAACUGAUUGGGGUGGAAGUGAUGACAGCAAUGAGGCAAGCUCGGGAGACUACAAACCAAGCAAGAUUAAUGUCAAUCGGAGAGUCCGAAUCAAACCUGUCAGGAGACCACCUCGAGGCUCCAAGUCUCCGCGGAAACCAGCCAGCUCAAGAAAGAAAAGGUUAUCAUCUGGGUCAACUAGUGGGAGUGAGGAAGACUCAGAUGAAGACAGGAGACACGUGGCUCGGAGGGCCGUGGCUUCAAAAGUCAGGAGCAAAACCUCUCGUGUUUCCAAGCGCAAGUCAACUAAACACGUUAGUUACAAGGAAGACACAGAUGCCUCGACAGAUUCGGAUGACAUUAUGGAGGUGACGACUAACGCUGUUGAAGAUGCUGAGGAGGACAGUCGCGAAACUGUUGAAAAGGUUCUAGGCACAAGAUUAGGUGUCAAAGGAGCUACAGGCAGCAAGACCACAGUGUACAAUAUAGCCACUUGUGGUGAUCCUAAUACAGGAAGCAACCCUCCCUCAGCAACAGCAUGGAGUCAAACUGAGGAAGGAGAAGUCAGUGAUGGCAUGGACAAGGUGGUUGUCAAGGAGACACAGUAUCUCAUCAAGUGGAAGAACUGGGCACACAUCCACAACACGUGGGAGUCCGAGGCCAACCUCCGGGAACAGAAGGUCAACGGCGUCAAGAAGCUGGAGAAUUUUAAGAAGAAGAAUGAGGAGAUAUCAGAAUGGCGGUUGACAGCAUCUCCAGAAGACAUAGAGUACUUUGAGUGUCAGCAGGAGAUGAUGGAAGAAUUGCAGGGGCAAUACAGGCUCUGUGAGAGAAUAAUUGCUCACUCUAAUCAGAAACAAGCCAAUGAGCACAUGGUUUCCCCCGACUAUCUGUGUAAAUGGCAGGGUUUGCCAUACUCUGAAUGUACGUGGGAAGAUGGGGAAUUGGUCUCCAAGCACUUCCAGACGUUUGUAGAUGAGUACCAUGCAAGGAACAAGUCACAACGUACACCCUCCAAACUCAGCAAGGUACUGAAAGUCCGUCCAAAAUUUUCACCAUUAAAAAAUCAACCCAAGUAUCUUGGUGGCAGCGACCACCGGGAACUGCGAGACUACCAGCUGGAGGGACUGAACUGGCUCAUCAAUGCCUGGACCAAAGAGAACAGUGUGAUAUUGGCUGAUGAGAUGGGGCUGGGGAAAACUAUCCAGAUUAUUGGCUUCCUGUCCCUUCUCUUCAACAACUACCAACUUUAUGGACCCUUUAUCCUAGUUGUUCCCUUGUCUACAGUAGUUGCUUGGCAACGGGAACUCCAGAACUGGGCGCCAGAGAUGAAUGUUAUCACCUACCUUGGUGAUAUCAACAGUAGAAACAUGAUCCGGGACUAUGAAUGGUACCAUCCCAACAGCAAGAGGUUAAAGUUCAAUGUCCUCGUCACAACAUACGAAAUAUUGUUAAAAGACAAGUCUUUCUUAGGUAGUCAUCAAUGGGCUUUCCUCGGUGUGGAUGAAGCACAUCGACUGAAAAAUGAUGACUCCAUGCUGUACAAAUGUUUAAAAGACUUCGACACAAAUCAUCGCAUCCUCAUCACAGGAACUCCGCUCCAGAACUCUCUCAAGGAACUCUGGUCUCUCCUUCAUUUCAUCAUGCCUGAAAAGUUUGACCGUUGGUCUGACUUUGAGUUGAAGCAUUCCAAAGCUGACAAGACAGGUUUUGCUGCUCUCCAUCGAGAACUUGAACCCUAUCUCAUUCGUCGAGUGAAGAAGGAUGUAGAGAAAUCACUGCCAGCCAAAGUUGAACAAAUUCUACGAGUGGAGAUGUCAUCAAUACAGAAGCAGUACUACAAGUGGAUUUUGACGAAAAACUAUCGAGCACUAAGCAGAGGCCUGAAAGGCAAUGUUAGCAGUUUUGUAAACAUCAUUAUGGAGUUAAAAAAGUGCUGCAAUCAUGCUGAAUUGACACGCCCACCAGAGGGUGAGGACUUCCAAGACAGGUUGAUAAGAUUGUUGCGAGGGAGUGGUAAGAUGCUGCUGCUCGACAAGCUGUUGACACGACUAAAGGAAACAGGGCAUCGGGUACUGAUAUUUUCCCAGAUGGUCCGGAUGUUGGACAUCAUUGCAGAGUACCUUCAGUACAAGCGCUUUCAUUAUCAGAGACUAGAUGGGUCUAUACGUGGUGAACUCAGGAAACAAGCCAUGGACCACUUUAAUGCAGAAGGCUCUCAGGAUUUCUGUUUCCUGUUGUCAACACGAGCAGGAGGGCUUGGUGUGAACCUAGCAACAGCUGAUACUGUGAUCAUCUUUGACAGCGACUGGAACCCACAGAAUGACCUGCAAGCACAGGCUCGAGCCCACAGAAUAGGCCAGAAGAACCAGGUGAGUGUGUAUCGCCUGGUCAACAAGAACAGUGUGGAAGAGACCAUUGUGGAGCGUGCCAAGAAGAAGAUGGUCCUUGAUCAUCUUGUCAUCCAGAGGAUGGACACCACUGGCCGAACUGUGCUCAACAAAGGGGCUGCACCAUCUAGUUGCAGUAAUUCUACACCAUUCAACAAAGAAGAACUGGCAGCCAUAUUGAAGUUUGGUGCUGAGGAGUUGUUCAAGGAAAUGGAUGAAGAUGAGGAGGAACCUCAGGUGGACAUUGAUGACAUCCUCAACCGAGCUGAGACACAUGAGACUGACACAUCAUGUGUAGGCGAUGAACUCCUCUCGCAGUUCAAGGUGGUCUCUUUUGAAACAAUGGAAGAAGAACAACAAACAGAUGACCCAGGUCGGGUGUGGGACAACAUCAUCCCGGAGAAGGACCGGAAGAAGGUGGAGGAGGAGGAGAGGCAGCAGCAACUGCUGGAGCUGCAUCUACCACCACGAAGUCGCAAAACUAUACAGCAGCUGCAGAUGGAGUAUGAUUCUGAUGGAGAGAAGAAAAAACGAAAGAAGCGUGAGGUAGAGGAAUCUGAGGGCAGCGAUGAGGAGGAGGAUGAAGACAAACCCAGAAGGAGAGGGAGACCUCGCACUGUCAACAAGGAUGCCGUGAAGGGAUUUACUGAUGCAGAAAUUAGAAGAUUUGUUAAAAGCUUUAAAAAGUUUGGAGAUCCCCUAACAAGGCUGGAUGCCAUUGCCUGUGAUGGAGAAUUGCAAGAAAAAUCUGAGUCUGACUUAAAGCGUUUGGCCGAAAUGUUGAUCAAGCACUGCAGUGAGACCAUAGAGGAGAGCAAGAACAAGCAGGCUGAGGAGACACAACCUGAAGGUGGGAAGAAGGCUCACAGUCGUGGACCAACGUUCAAGUUGUCCGGAGUGAUGGUCAACUGCAACUCACUGGUCAAGGCUCAGCAGGAGUUGGAGCCACUGGCUAAGGAAAUACCUGCUGACAAGGCAGAGAGGAACAGGUAUCAAAUGGAUAUGUAUGUGAAGAAAGUGCACUGGGACUGCCUGUGGGACAUUGAGGAUGACUCCAACCUGUUGAAGGGUGUCUAUGAAUACGGCAUGGGCAGCUGGGAGGCCAUCAAGAUGGACCCUGAACUAUCCCUCCACCAAAAGAUUCUUCCUGGUGAAGACAUGAAACCACAGGGCAAGCACCUGCAGACCAGAGUGGAGUACCUGCUGAAGAUACUGAAGAAGAAGACGGAGAAGAACAAUGUUGUGCCAACAAAAGCAAAAACAAAAGCAUCCAAACGUCAACGAAAACCAAAGUCAAAACCUGAAAUCAUAGAGAAUGACUUCAGUAGCUCUGAUGAGAAUUCCACGAAGGUGUCUGUGAAAGCUGUGAAGGAGGAGAUAAAUGACAGCUGCCCAGCAAGUCCCAGGAAGACCCACAAGAGUUCUGAGGAGAAGGAGGUGAAGCAGGAGGCUGAGGGGGAUGUCAAGAACGAGGAGGAAGAUGAUGAUGAAGUCGAAGAGGGGGAGAUUAAGAAGAAGAAAAAAGUCAAGAAAGAGAAAAAAGAAAAGAAGGAGAAAAAGGAAAAAAAGAAAAAAGAUAAAGAUAAGGAGAACUUGGAUCGACAUGAACGAGAGAAGUCUGAGGACAAGAAAGAAGAGAAGAAGAGUAAGAAUAAGAAGCAGAAGAACAAGGAUGGGGCUGGUCCCAUGCACUUCACUGCCAACUCAGAACCUAUCUCUGUCUCACAAGAUGAGUCUGGCCUGGAGCUCACAAAGGAAAUCUUUGCUCAGUGUAAGGAGAAGAUGCGCCCGGUGAAGCGAGCUCUGAAGGAGUUGGACAACCCAGAGGAAGGCUUGUCAGAGAAGGAGCAGAUCAUGCAUAUGCGACAGUGCUUGCUGAAGAUUGGGGACCAGAUCAGCAAGUGUCUCGUCAACAUGAGCAACCCAGAGAUCAUCAAGCAGUGGAGAAACAACCUCUGGAUUUUUGUGUCAAAGUUCACUGAGCUGGACCCCAUCAAACUGCACAAACUUUACAAACAUGCUGUCAAGAAGCGAGAUGACAACAAGGACUCUGAGCCUGCAACAGAAGAAUUCCACCCAGAGAGUUCCAACUCCAAUCUGUCUCAGUCAUCUCUCGGAAGCAGCCACAAGACCAGCUCCAAGCGGCCCUUUGAGAAGCUUGGGGAUUCGGGGAAAGAGAGAUCAACCUCCUUCUAAAAAGUCCCAUAGUUCAGAACAAAAAGACCGGAAUAAAGACAGCUUUGUACAUAAUGGCCCGAAGCAUGGCAGCAGCAGUAGUUCCAGUCACACGUCAUCAUUCCGCAAUACUUUCAGCAGUGUGAAGGAGUCCUCGCGUGUAGAGAGUGGCAACUCAAGUCCCGCUGACAGGUGGCAGCAUGCUAGUCCUUUAGCUCGAGCAGAGGAUGUCCCCA